AUGAAAAGGACAUCGUAUUACAAUGCUGUGGCCCAAGUGCAUGAUCAGUGGCCUAUUAAGAAAGCACUCACACUCUCUGAUGUAGAUAUCACACACCCAUUCUUGACAUUGUCUCGGCAACAAGUUGAAAAUCAUAUAGUUGUGUAUAUGACUCCUCAACAGAAUGAACAAUUAAGGUCUGAUGGCCAAGUAAGUUUUAAUGCCCAAGAUGAUGACACUGGCGAAAUGCACAUCAUGAAAUUGAAGUGGCGAGGGAGCUAUUAUAAUCUAAUUGGCAAAUGGGGGAAAAUUGUACGUGGUAAGGGACUUGAUGUUGGUCAAGAAAUUAAACUACGGUGGGUUGGAGGGUGCUUACACUUCUCAGUUCCACAGCAUCAGGUUGUUGUAGUACCACCAGUUCGAACAGUUGCAGCUCCCUUGGUGCAUGACCACUGGCCUAUUAAGAAGGUCCUGACAUUGUCUGAUGUGGAUAUCAAUCAUCCGUUUCUUCCAUUGCCUCGUCGUUCAGUUGAAGAUCAUAUUCUUGCUCAUUGGGUGCCACAAGAACGAGAAAAAUUAAGAAAGGAAGAGCAGGUGGAUAUAAAUGCCCGUGAUUAUGAUACGGGUGAUAUGCAUGUGAUGAAAUUGAAGUGGCGAGGGAAUUACUACAACCUUAUUGGGAAAUGGGCAAAUAUAGUUCGACAGAAAGGACUUGGUGUUGGCAAGGAGAUCAGAUUACGCUGGGCUAAUAAUUGUUUAUACUUUUCUGUUCUGCACGAGCAUUAUGUUCCAACACCAUCUGCACGGGAUAAUUGGCCUAUCAAGAAGGCACUCACAUUAUCUGAUGUAGAUACCAAUCAUCCGUUCCUUACUUUACCGGGCAAAGCAGUCGAAGAUCAUAUACUCUUUUACUGGACGGAGCAAGGUCGGGAACAAUUAAGAAAUGAACAUCAAAUUAGUCUUAAUGCUAGGGACAAUGACACAGGUGACCUGUACGUGAUGAAGUUGAAAUGGCGUGGAAGUUAUUAUAAUCUUAUUGGCAAAUGGGGUAAAAUCAUUAGAGAGAAGAGGCUCCAUGUAGGAACAGAGUUCAGAUUGCGCUGGGACAGUGGAUGCUUAAUCUUUUCAGUUCCUCAAUGA